UUAUCUUAUACCUACUACAGUAAAUAUAGUUACUAAAGUAACUGAGACAAUGGUUCAAAUGUCUUAUUUGUAUAGCAGAUAAACUUAUAAUUGGUUACGUGUGUAAGAGAAACCAUAGUAGUACACUACAAUCAAAAAUUACUGCUUCAUAUUAUUCAAUGAUGCCAGGAAAAUACUGAAAAGACAGUUAAGAACAACAGAAAAAUGUGUGUGUACUAGUAUAUUAUGAGGCGCAUAUGUUGAUAAACUGUUUUAUGAAGUGACAUAAAAGUGUAAUACAAAUUCCAUAUACCAUACAGCACAUAUGUGUAUAAUAAUAAAGGAUACAUCAGGGACUAUCUGAGAUUGCUAGAAAGUUCACCAUCAAUCGUUGAAUAAAUGCAUAUACUUUAUGUGAGAACUUAUAUUAUUUAUACAUGCUAUAUAUACUGAGGCAUGCAGAAGACCAGGGAACUAAUUAAUAAUACUUAGUUCUGGAAGGCAGCUUUUGGAAUAUACCUUUACUAUGGAAAGGAUAAUGGACUAUAGUAGCAAGGUCAUAAUGAAAUGAUACAUCAUCCCAAAAGUGUGAUAACUAAUGCUGAUGGUAUGACAACUUGUGCCAAAACUAUGAUGAAUAAUGCUGAUGGUGUGAUAAAUGAUGCUGAUGGUGUGAUAACUGGUGCCAAAACUAUGAUGAAAAAUGCCGAUGGUGUGAUAAAUGAUGCUGGAUAUAUGAAAAAGGAUACUAAUGGAAUGACACAUCAUCGCAAAAGUGUGAUAAAAAUGCUGAUGGUGUGAUAGUCAAUGUUGAUGGUACCAAAAGUAUGACAAACAUUUCUGCUUCUUUGAUGAAUGAUGAUAAUACUUCUAGUAGAAAAUUAUUUACAAAUAGUUUUCAGAGAAUGGCAAAUGGCCAUAAAGGAAAACAUAUUUGUGAUAUAUGCCAUAGGAUGUGCAAAUAUAAGUCUGAACGUAUGGAACAUUAUAAAAUACAUACUGGAGAAAAGAACUUCAAAUGUGAUGUUUGUUCUAAAACAUUUUCAAGAAAGUCAACUCUUAACAUACACUAUAGAAUUCAUACUGGAGAAAAGAAUUUCAAAUGUGAUGUUUGUUCUAAAACAUUUUCAAGAAAGUCAACUCUUAACAUACACUAUAGAAUUCAUACUGGAGAAAAGAAUUUCAAAUGUGAUGUUUGUUCUAAAACAUUUUCAAGAAAGUCAACUCUUAACAUACACUAUAGAAUUCAUACUGGAGAAAAGAAUUUCAAAUGUGAUGUUUGUUCCAAAACAUUUACAAGAAAGUCACAUCUUACCUCACACUAUAGAAUUCAUACUGGAGAAAAGAACUUCAAAUGUGAUGUUUGUUCCAAAACAUUUUUAAGAAAGUCAAAUCUUAAUAUUCAUUAUAGAAUUCAUACUGAAGAAAAGAAUUUCAAAUGUGAUGUUUGUUCCAAAACAUUUGCACAAAAGUCAACUCUUAACAUACACUAUAGAAUUCAUACUGGAGAAAAGAAUUUCAAAUGUGAUGUUUGUUCCAAAACAUUUGCACAUGCAUCAACUCUAUACUCACAUUAUAGAAUUCAUACUGGAGAAAAGAACUUCAAAUGUGAUGUUUGUUCCAAAACAUUUUUAAGAAAAUCAAAUCUUAAUAUUCAUUAUAGAAUUCAUACUGAAGAAAAGAAUUUCAAAUGUGAUGUUUGUUCCAAAACAUUUGCACAAAAGUCAACUCUUAACAUACAUUAUAGAAUUCAUACUGGAGAAAAGAAUUACAAAUGUGAUGUUUGUUCCAAAACAUUUGCACAUGCGUCAACUCUAUACUCACAUUAUAGAAUUCAUACUGGAGAAAAGAAUUUCAAAUGUGAUGUUUGUUCCAGAACAUUUUCAAUAAAGUCAUAUCUUAAUAAACAUUAUAGAAUUCAUACUGGAGAAAAGAAUUUCAAAUGUGAUGUUUGUUCCAAAACAUUUGCACAAAAGUCAACUCUUAAGGGUCACUACAGAAUUCAUACUGGAGAAAAGAAUUUCAAAUGUGAUGUUUGUUCCAAAACAUUUACAAGAAAGUCACAUCUUAACUCACACUAUAGAAUUCAUACUGGAGAAAAGAACUUCAAAUGUGAUGUUUGUUCCAAAACAUUUUUAAGACAGUCAACUCUUAAUAAUCAUUAUAGAAUUCAUACUGGAGAAAAGAAUUUCAAAUGUGAUGUUUGUUCCAAAACAUUUGCACAAAAGUCAACUCUUAAGGGUCACUACAGAAUUCAUACUGGAGAAAAGAAUUUCAAAUGUGAUGUUUGUUCCAAAACAUUUACAAGAAAGAGUAAUCUUAAUGCUCAUCUUAGUAUUCAUACUGGAGAAAAGAAUUUCAAAUGUGAUGUUUGUUCCAAAACAUUUACAAGAAAGUCACGACUUGACGUACACUAUAGAAUUCACACCAAAGAAGAAACACACUAAAUGUGACAUAAAUGUUGCAUAUAGAUGUCACCACUGGGUGAAAUACAUAAAAAAAAACACAUCAACAAUGAAAUAUAAUUUUUUACAUAUGAUUAAGUUUAGAUUGAGAUUAAUUUGUUUGAGAAAACCAUGUGGCUAAUGCAAAAUCACAAAAACAAUGUUUUCUUUCCAAUGUAGGAAGGUUUUAUUUGAACAUAUAAAAUUAUUGUUUAUGGAAAUACCGCACUCUGAAGAUUGUGUCUAUACUGUUUCAGUUUUUGCUAUAAAUCCAAUUAAUAAUUGCAAUUUCAUUACUUUUAUUUUGUAUUUUACAUGUAAAUAAAUUUUUCAACCAGUAUGUUGGCCAGUUGGUAAAAUGAUGGCAAUCUUUCAACUGUCAAAUGUAGUGAUGUAAUUUCAUUAAAACUGUAUGUGUACAUUAAUGUACAUGUACAUUAAAGCAUGUAAAAAAAUAUCUUUACAAUUUUUCGAUGUGUCAAUUUCACCCUGGAAUAGCCUGACAACGUUAAAGUCAGAUACCAUUUUCACAAAUGUCGGAAAUAACCGUUGCUAGAAUUUUGAUGACAAGAUUUAUUGAAAAAUUCAAAAUGGCUGCCAACUAAUGUACCCAGCAUGCCCUAGUGCAUAUUUGCACUAGUCUGCUCUUGCAUCUGUAAAAAAUUCAAAUUGAACAGGUAAUCAGUUUUCCUGGAUACUGAUGAUAAGAUUUGACUUAAUUUUGAAGAGCUAAUGGUGAAAAUCAAGAUUAUUUGCAUCUAAUCUAUUAUGAAUAGUACUUUAUGUAUAAUUAUCCGACAUCCAAGUUUGAAGUGCUUCCUUAUAUCUGGGUAUAAUGUACCUCAGAAGAUAAGAAAUGUUAUCUUAUUCAUCUGAUAGACAACAGACAGACGACAGUUAUGAAACAAUAAUAUUUCACAUAAUCAGCUGAUUGCAGGGGUUUCAUUAUCAGCAGGCCAUAGGCGAUUUUCACCAGUUGUUUUCACAAAAUUGCCUGUUGUUUUUAGGGACUUUUCAAUGUUAAAUUUAUGAUUUGGAUUUUUGCCUGUUGUUUUCAUUUAUUAAGCCUGUUGUGAGAAAUUCUAGUGAAACCCCUGUAGUUCAAUGAUUUAUUUAAGGAUUUAAGCACUGGCCUCAGUGCAUUGGACUCAAGUUGGCCAAGCAUCAAUUUCAAUAAAAGUGAUACUUGGCUACAUCAGAAAAAUUGGUAUCUGGGGUGAAAGUUGUCAUAUUGUGGAUUUUGACCCUAAAUUGGAAAAUUAAUGGGAUUAAUAUCAUUAAAUCUAUCACAGCCGAUCUUCAAUCAUCAUAAUAAUUUUAUUAAUUAAGAGAUCAUCCUUAGGUAGUAUGAAGAGUUUUAUUAGUCUGCUGUUCAUGGUUGUCAUGGAAACCACAAUUAAGGUUGAAAAAAUCUAUAUUUUUGGAAAAGUAUAUCUGUAUGUAUUAUAGAUCGCAUGUUUAUUGUUUUUCAAAUCAACAGAUAUCACAACAUUUUAGCACUUUCAAAAUCAUCAGGACAGUUCAAAUUGAAAUUGAUGCUUGGCCAACUUAAGUCCAUAUGUUUGAAUACAAAGGAUAGUGCAGCUAACAUGAUUGAUAGUAAUAUACAGUAUAAACAUGUACUCUUCAAUCAUAUUGUCUAUCAAUACUAAACAAGCUGGUUAAUCAAACAAAUUAUUUAUAAAAUGAGAUCAAUAAGCUGUGAAGAAUGAAAUUAAAUAAGUGUACAUUAUUAACUCCAACAUUUUAGUGCAAAUACACAUCUAAGUAUUGCUGAAAAAUUACCUCUGCAAUUCAAUAAAUUGCUGAAAAAUUACCUUUGGAAUUCAAUAAAUUGCUGAAAAAUUACCUCUGCAAUUCAAUAAAUUGCAGAAAAAUCACCUGUAAUUAAGCAAAGAUACUAAAUUGCUGAUAAACUAACCUGUAGUUCAAAUUCAAGAUGUGUAGAGUCAACUAAACCUUCUCUUGUCUCCCUUACUCUCACCACCUAAAAUCAUAACCUCAAUGAUGUCAGGUAUGCGUCAUGAUGUCAAACAAUGGUGUCACAUAAAAGACAAAAUGAUAAAUUAUGAUUUAUUUUGAAUAAAAUUUAAAGACAAGUUUAUUGCUUAAAUUUAAUGCACAUUUUUUGAUUACAGUAAAACCUGUCUUAGUGAACAUCUCUCUCUCUCUCUAGUGAACCCCUGUUUCUAGUAGACACUCUUCCUCCACACAUAUUCUACUGACUUUUGUAUAAAUUACCCUAUCUGUAGUGAACACCUACCAACAAUAAAUUUUUUUUCACGGCAAAAAUGUUCAAUACACACAGGUUUUACUGUAUUUGAAAAAAACUUUUGACUUUGUCUGGCAAUAAGUAAAAGACAUUACGAUUCAUGCAAAUACUAGAGUGUACAAAAACGUUUACCUCUGCGCCUAUUUCUUUCCAUGGUAACAGAUUUGAAUGAUGUUCAUAAGGUCCAACAAACACGGUCUGAAAACAUGUCAUUGGAAAAUUUAUAAGAACAUUUAACGGUGCUCUGUUUCUUCAAAAGAUAUCAUCUAUUUUGGAUCUACAUGUACUUCCUUUA